CAAUCAGCGCUAUAUUACCGCCUAAACAAUAGAAUGCAAUGUGAACAAAUUCAACACAGAAGCAACGACCAAUCAUUCAAAUGAUUACAAAACAUAAUAGAACCAUUUUUAUAUUCGUGUAACACAAGCCUUAUUAGCAUAAAUCUCUUCUCUAAGUAUGAUUAAUGAUAAGUGAAUGAAUUUUAGUCUAAUCAAUCACGGGUAUUAUGCGAGUUUGACGUCCGACGGACGGAAAUGAAAUGAAGAAUGAUGCUUAAGCUAUAGGAAUCGCUGAGUGGUUUAAUUAGACGAUAUUUCUGUUCAAGUAUAUUGUCAAACACACUAUAUCAGGUCGAGAUACAGUAUGGUUGAGAGGAGUUGGAAUAUUUUCAGCUAUUUUCCUUUCCACGAAGUUUUAUUUAAUUACAAACAGAAUGCAAAAUUAUAAAGUUUCACUGGUUAUUGGUAUAUUAACGAUUAUAUGUUGUACGGACAUGUGUACAAUGGGAUAUACAGUCCGACGACAAAAACACAGGAUGACGCUAAAGCCAGAACGUGAACUAACAGAAAAACUAAUGACUGACAUACCUGAAGACCUUAUGGAAAAAAUAAAGAGAAAUUUAGACAAAAAUAUUAAACUGUCCAGCCCGAAUUCUAACGAAUCGAUAACAAAGUCAAAUAACAAACGAUACGGUAUAUCUGGCAUGACUAAACCAUCAAAUAGAAGAAAUAUAUUGUUAUAUAACGAACAAAGUAGAAACGUAGUGAAAAUGAAAAAAACUGGAGUGUUAUUGGGGACCAGGAAUUUCCACGACCCCGAUGCUGUCUUCGUCAUUGAAUCGAUGAAACGAGGUGUGGUCCGGCUAAAAGGAAAACGAGCGAACAAAUAUAUCUGCAUAAAUGAGAAAGGAAAAAUUGUCGUACUGGAGAACUCACAACGUGGAAAGCCUGACUGUUUCCUUAGGCAGUAUUUAGAAGAAAAUUACAACCAUUUAUUUUGGUCGUAUCCGUUUUCUUCAAACGAAAAAGGUGAAAAUGGCUGGUUUCUGGCUCUCAAAAAAAAUGGUAAAAAAAUGAGAAAGCCACUUCAUACGCGUUUGGGCGAUAGAGAAACAAUGUUUCAGGUACACUUCUUAAAUGAUAGUACCUUUAAGGUAGAUGGUAGUUAGAAAGUAUGCCUUUUAGAGGGUUGAAGAAAUUAACCAAGGCGGAACAGAAAUGUACUGGCCGUCAUUCAAAUGGAGAUUUUAUACAAAAUUGUUCAGAUGUGUGUUACAUGAAGAUCGAACCAGAACACAAAAUUAAUCCACUUGAUUAUUUUAAGCGAGUAUCAGGUUAGGGUUAUCGUUCCCAUAUUCAUAUCGACAUAUGAAAAUGGAACACCCUCGCUGGAUGAAAAGAAACUUCCGAAGAAACGUUUCUUUAACGUGACGUCAACCUGUAACCCAGAUAAAACACGAUAUCAAGACAAAAAUAAAGAAGAAUCGAGGCAACUUUUAAUAAAAUACAGACAUCGUUACAAAGAAAUUGACUUUACACAAAUAGCGUUUUCGAAAUUAACACAAUUUUUUAACGCCGAAAAAAGACCUUAUUUAUUUAUUUAUCGCUGCUGUGUCGGUGAGCUCACCAGUAGUACAUGUUGUGUACAUAUAUAUUAUAUACAUAUUUUAUGUGCUGCGUUUUCCGCAGUGUCUGUUUAAAAAAAUUAAGAGAUAAAUUAUAUAAAUUAUAAUGAAAUAUUAUAUACCAAUGAACAUCUGA